AUGGCCAAUGUCCAAAUCACAUCCCGCAAAGCCUAUCGUCGCACGGACGACUACACCCCCCGCAAACCGAGGGUCGAGCUCGUGACGGAACCGCUACCCCUUUCCCUCGCCGCCACAUCAGUCUUGAUCAAGGUCCACGCCGUGUCCCUCAACUACCGCGACGCCAAUAUCGCCAACGGCGGGAACCCUUGGCCGGUGACGCCGCAUGGAAUCCCAUGCAACGACGCCGCUGGGGAGAUUAUAGCGGUGGGCGAAGGCGUGAGAAAGUUCCGGGUCGGCGAUCGCGUGGCGCCCAUUAUCGACACGGAGAACCUCACGGGGCGAGAGUCGACGAGGUCGUGGUUGGCCGCCGACGAGGACGGCGUGCUGGCAGACUAUUUGGUGUUCAGCGAGGAGAAGCUCACAAAACUGCCAGAGCACCUGGAUUGGACAGAAGCCAGCCUCAUCCCGUGUGCGGGAGUCACUGCAUGGGCAGCCUUGAAGGAUAUCGGUGUGGGCAAAAGCGUCUUGAUCCAAGGCACCGGCGGCGUCGCGAUGAUUGCUCUCAAGCUAGCCCGAACGGCCGGGCUCAAAGUGAUCCUCAGCUCGUCGAGCGACGCCAAACUCGGGCGGAUCAAGGCCCAAUUCCCAACCCCACCGCUCCUCACAGUCAACUACGCCAAAACCCCCCAGUGGCACCAAGAGGUCCUGGAUCUCACCGGCGGGGAGGGCGUGGAUCUCGUGCUCGAGAUGGGAGGCACCCAGACCCUAGUAAAGAGCAUGAAGUGUACCCGGCGCGGCGGGACCGUCAGCCAGGUCGGCUACUUGAGCAAGCAGAGCCUCGACGAACUGGCAGAGUUCGUCCCCGUUCUCAUCGAUCGGAGGAUUAUCUUAAGGGGAAUCAAUGGCGGAUCGAAACUCGAGCAGGAAGAUCUCUGUGCCGCUAUAUCAGCCACCCAAAUGAGGUUCAAUGACAUUAUAGACAAGGUCUACGACUUUACCCAGGCUGAUGAAGCCAUCGAGGACAUCUGGCAGGGGAGACAGGUCGGCAAGCUUGUGAUUCAGAUACCUUGA